AUGGGCCGUUCGAGCGCAGCUGACCGGACAUCAGAGUGUGGUGAUGAGGUCAAGCGCAAUGAUGGUUUGGUCAUCCGGACAGCCCGUCGACUCUUCCGGCAGAUAGGUGAAGGCUCCGGAGGUGCCCGAAUUUCAGUUGGUGCCUCCUUUGCCGAGAUUUUCAACGCGCCUGGUGCUGUCAACGAGUGCAUCUGCGACUUGCUCAAUCCAGACGCGGGACAUUUGCAGGUGCGUUUCAGCCAGAAACAUGGCUUUUUCAUUAGUGAUUUGGCAGUGGCUGAGUGCCGAAGCCUUGCUGACGUGCGAGCAGUUCUGGAGGCUGGCUUGCAGAACCGUCGCGUUAACGCGCACGCGCUGAAUCGAGAGUCAUCGCGAACCCAUGCGCUGUUUACCCUCCACAUCGAUUCCGAGCAGCAGGCAGACAUCGCAGUUGAUGCCGCCCCGGCGAAGACGUAUGGCAAGAUUACUUUCGUUGAUCUGGCCGGCAGCGAACGGCUGAAGGAGAGCUUGUCAGAGGGCAAUGCGCGGAAGGAGACGCAGGCGGGCAAGAAAGCUGGUAAAAUUUGGAUGCUGGAAGGCCAUCAAGUGGUCAUGGCCAAGCAUGAUUAUUUGCGGCCGGUGGAGGUUGUACGACGCUUCCUCCGAACUGGAGCUUCUCGUUGCGACUUCCCGGCCGUCAAUGCACGGAACCUCAGUCGGAAGGAGUUCCAGAAGUUGGCUGCGCGGAGCCAAGGCGGCCUGGUUCUACGGGGCUUGACUGAGCCGUGGCUUUCAACGACAAGCUGGUCCAAAGAACAAAUCCUUGAACGCUUUGGACAAUAUUUCGUCCAGACAGGCACUGGCCGCUGGGAUCGCCCAGAAGCAACGCCGGAAGUGCUGCUUGAGGACUUCAUCCACCUGGCGAACCAAACGCCAAAGAACUUGGUUGCCAAAGGCUACUCGCACCAGUUGGUAUCGACAGCCUUCUGGGGUCCUGAGGCGAGGCAAGCAACAGACCAAAGCAACUUGCUCGUGCUUCAGAACUCACAGGGAAUUUGCUCUCCAGCGACAGUCGCCAGCUGGCACUGCUCUGACAAUGCCACAGAGGAGAUCAGCCCGAAGAUGCUGGCAGACUUUGACCUCAGGCCCACCGUCCAGAUUGGAAUGUCAGAAGCCUCUGGCACGCAGCUCCACGUCCAUGAGGACGACGGAGACCUGGCUGGCAGUGCUGCAUGGUCGCAAGGUGAGGAGCGUGCCAACAUGCACCACCCUUGCCAGUGGCUCGAGGAGGCCCCGCCAGCUGGACUUCAGUUCUGCGUGCAGCAGCCGGGCGAGGUUGUCUACUUUGGACCAAGGCUCCAUGCAACCUGCAACCUCGACGACUUUGUCUUCGGCAUUGGAGCCCAGGGCCGUCUCAAGAACAAGAUGAAAGCUGUGGACCGCGCGGUGCACCGCGGGCAGACAGCCCUGGCAAAGGAGCUGAUGGCCAACGAGAAGCAGAAGAGUUCGGUUGCACGUCUCCAAAGAGGGCUCAGCCAUGCAACCGAGUAUGGCUACACCGGGUUGGUGGCGCUGCUUGCUGACUUGCGUGCUGAUCUGCAGUCACCCUUCGAGGAUGGGAAGCUGCCACUGCACAGCGCAGCGGAGAACGGCCAGCUGGAGGUGGCGCGUCUGCUGCUUGAGCGACGAGCAGACAUUCGGGCGCGGGAUAUGGAAGGCAAACAGCCUCUGCACCACGCUGCCUACAACGAUGCGGCUCCAGUUGUGGAUCUUCUGGUCGAGAAGCGCGCUUCGUUGAAAGCCUUGGAUGAGCGACGCCUGGCCCCCUUCGCCUCAGCAGCAGACGGUGGCUACCCAUCCCUGUUAGAAGCCCUGCUUCGGCACCAUGCGCCAAAGUCAGCGCAAGGCUAUGAGGCGGCGACCAUCCAUGCAGCCAGCAAGGGGCAUCUGUCAGUGUUGAAGAAGCUUGCUGAGUGGCGGGCAGAUUUGACGCGCUUUGAUGCUGGAGGAAGACGACCAGCGGACCAUGCAGAGUUCUACCAGCACGUGUCUGUUGCUCGCUUCCUACGGGGCUUGGAGGAUACCAGAGUUGCUGCGCGGUCCAAGAACGGCAAAGGUGGUCCUACCACUCAAAGCAGUGAGCUAUGA